UUUCAUGUGGUCUCUCUUCCCUUCCCUACCCUCAGUAGUUGAAUUUGAAGUCAAGAAAGAAUCAUCUUUCUUCUCUCUUCGGAUACCACAAAGAGUUGCAAUGAUGGAGCUUCUCCUGGCAUUCCAUGUGCAUCAUUAACCUCACCCCACUUCCCAUUAUUUUACAACUCCAUCCUCCCCCAUUUCUAUCUCUCUCUCUAUAUAUAUAAUGUUUCAUCUUCUUCAAGUACAAACCAAAUCUUGCAAAUGCAAAUGAACAGUCCAACACCUAGCACCCGAUCUUGGUCGAUAAGCGAGGACUCAUUGAGAAGAUAUGUAGAGUUUGCAAGUGAAAGUUGCAUACAAGAAUUGCUAGCGGCUUCCUCCGACUCCAACAGAAGCGAGGGAUGGAAGGUUCUUCAGACUUCAGAAAAUGGUGUAGAGAUUUCCAAACGUAGGUCUGGUUCUUUUCAUGCUUUUCGUAGCAGAUGGCUCCUAACAUCUGUCUCUCCUCACCAAUUCUUCACCGUUGCUAAUGCCAUUGAUGCUGCCAGGCAAUGGGAUUCAGAUCUUGUAGAAGCGAGAUACAUAAGAGAUCUUGAGGAAAAUCUGAGCAUAAUUGGACUGAGGUUCGGAGAUAACUCGAAGCCUCUCUUUAGGAACAGAGAAUUCAUAGUAUACGAGCGUCGCGAAACAAUGGAAGACGGAACCUUGGUAGUAGCAGUUGCUUCGCUACCGAAGGAGAUAGCAGCAGGAUUGCAUCCGAAGAAAAAUAAUGCAAUCAGAGGCUUAUUACUGCAUUCGGGUUGGGUUGUGGAAAAGCUUCAUGAUGACUCUUGUAUGGUUACAUAUGUUGUUCAGUUAGAUCCUGCUGGAUGGCUGCCCAAGUGGUUUGUGAAUAGGCUCAACACAAAGCUGGUAAUGAUCAUUGAGAACCUCAGGAAAUUAGCACAAGAUUGUCCAACUCAUGCUCAUGCAUAAUAUAAUCUCUCUUUUCUAUUAUAAUUAUAACAAACUGAAAAAUAAUGAUCAAAUUGUGAAGAGAAAAGGCAAUACAUUAAUUAUACAGUUAUUUUGUAACUAGAAAAUGUACUUCUGCCUAUCUCCCUUUGUAUAUAUCUUUAUCACGUUAAGAAACGUGCCAGUAGAGUAUUAAUAUCA